UGCGCAGAGGCGGCCGGGCGGGGGCGCUCGGCGCCUCUCCGUGUACUUUUCAGGCCUCUCAGUUGGAAAUCGGCUGUAGGGGCCUGGCUUUAUGUCACAAAAGGGUUUUGAUCUUUACCUUGGGCUGGACGUUUUUCAGGUUUUAAAUUUAAACUUAUUUGCCGCGACUUUAUUUUAAACAUAUAUGAGUAUUACCUCAUUAUAAAAAAAAUGAAUCAUUCUUCAAAGGCAAAAGGUACUGGUGCUCCAAAAUCUAAUAAACAACACUCAGGAAAAAGCCACACAGCACGUUUGCCACAGGUUGCAAAGGAAAAGCAGAUACCAACCCAACAAGAGAUUUUGGCUCAAAAAAUACAGAGAGCGUGGCUUAUUCAUUUGAACAAAACAAUAUUUCAUCUCCUAAAACACACUAUUUGUGCAGCGGAGUAUUGCGUGAUUCAUGGAAUACUGAAGAAUGUGAGCCCCUUGGAAGCUGGAAUUGUUAAAGACCCUAGCAUGAAGUAUAAAGUCAGAUUCAGAUUUAGUGGUGAAACAUUUCCACCUUUCAUCGUGUUUAAAAUUUUUCUUCAUACUGAGGGCCGUGGUUACAAGUAUUUCAGCGGGAAAAAUUUAUUAAAACCAUCAAGCAGUAGUUGCAAAAUGAUGGGAAAAAAGAAAUUUUACCAGCAAAUUAUGGAAGAUGAGUGCCUUUUCCAGAAGUUCAAAGUAACUGACCAUGUAGAUACUGUCACCACACAAGAUUACAUGCAAUAUUCCAGUCUUCUGGAUAAGAUCCCCGCAUCUUCUGGUGGCAAGAAUAACCUCUGGCUAAAAUUAAACCUCAAAAACAUUCCCAGGACAAUGAUGAUGUAUGACAUCAUUAAUUAUGCAGAAUCUCGAGUAAUGUCUGCCCGUUUACAAAAAGAAAUGAAGUAUCUGUUACAGACACCACGAACGGAAGAGAUUCAGCACCAGCUACAGAUUGUUUCUGAAGUUAGGUUUCCAUCCUUAGUGAGCCUCCAACCUUUGUAUGGGCCCUACCAACAGCAAAGUAAAAUGAGACAUUUGGGGCAUCUAUCCAAGCAAGCACAAAUGAAAGUUGAAAAAAUGAGACAAGCUCAUAUGACACCUAAGAAAAAAGAUGCUUCUGAGGUAAAUCAACCGCAAACAGCCACACAGCCUAAAAGGGUACAAGAGACGAUUGUCUUCUCCAGCCCAUCUUUUGACAUUGUGAAAUUUAAAGAAUGCACCUCAGGUAGUGAAUUGGGAGAAGAUGAAGACGAAAAGGAAGUAUUUGCCUGGUAUCAACAGUUGUAUCUUCAGUAUUUUCCAUGAUGUCAAUACACAGCUAAUUGACAGGUUGCUUGUCUGUCUAUAAA